UCUCUCUCUCUCUCUCUCUCUCUCUCUCAUUUCUGAUUUUCUUGGUGCUAUGGCGGAGGAGGAGAAGGAUUCAGAAUUUUUCUUGGAGAACAGCGAUGGUGGAGAAGAUAAUAUUGAUAUAGAAGAUAAUAAGUCUGAGAGUAGUAGCAAUGGCAGCACUGAUGAAGAGGUUGGGGACGGUGACGGAGAUGCCGCCUCCCGUUUCUCUUCUUUCCACUGGCCUCAGAGUUACAGAGAGACAACUGAUUCUUAUUCAAUUGCCGCUUCACCAAAUUUUGGGAUCCUUCGUGGUGCACCAAGUAAUUGGUUUUCAAGUUCUGACAUCCAUAGCAAAAGUAAUUUGGACUUGGAUGGAAAAUCUCCUUUACUACCAGAAUAUGAGAAAAUUCAUCAAGGAGAAGCCUUGGAUAGGAUCACAGGAACACGGUCAUCGUUGUCAGCAAAGACUUCAUUGCAUGAGCAGCUAACUGGAGAACUACCUAUUGGUCAUGGAUGCAGCUUUACUCAAACCGUGUUUAAUGCUGUAAAUGUAAUGGCUGGAAUUGGGCUUCUUUCUACGCCUUAUACCAUGAAAGAAGCUGGCUGGGCAAGUUUGGCAGUGCUAGUUCUUUUUGCAGUUGUAUGCUGUUAUACUGCUUCUCUUAUGAGAUGUUGCUUUGAGAGCAAAGAAGGCAUCAUAACCUAUCCUGAUAUUGGACAAGCUGCCUUUGGAAGAUGGGGCCGUCUCAUCCUAUCUAUCUUUUUGUAUACUGAGUUAUAUUCAUAUUGUGUCGAAUUUGUUAUUUUGGAAGGGGAAAAUCUCAGCAGGCUAUUCCCUGGGACAUCCUUGGAUUGGGCUGGUUUUCAUCUGGAUUCUAUGCACUAUUUUGGAAUUCUCACUGCCCUUAUUGUUCUACCUACAGUUUGGUUGAGAAAUCUUCGUGUGAUCUCAUACCUUUCAGCUGGUGGCGUCCUUGCAACAAUGUUGAUUGUUCUUUCAGUGCUUUUUCUUGGUGCAGCAGAGGGAAUUGGUUUUCAUCACUCUGGCCAAGUAGUGAAUUGGAGUGGUAUUCCAUUUGCAAUUGGUGUGUAUGGGUUUUGUUACUCUGGGCAUUCUGUGUUUCCCAACAUAUACCAAUCAAUGGCUGAUAAAACAAAAUUCACCAAGGCACUGAUAAUAUGCUUUAUUUUGUGCAUUAUAAUAUAUGGGGGUGUUGCAAUUAUGGGAUUUCUCAUGUUUGGUCAAGAAACAUUAUCCCAGAUAACGUUAAAUAUGCCAGCCCAUGCCUUUUCAUCCAAAGUUGCACUUUGGGUAACGGUCAUCAAUCCAAUCACUAAAUAUGCGCUGUUGAUGAACCCUUUGGCGAGGAGUAUUGAGGAGCUGUUGCCAAUUGGAAUUUCAAAUAGUGUCUGGUGCUUCAUCCUUCUGAGAACAGCCCUUGUCUUUUCUUCUGUUUGUGUUGCCUUUCUUCUUCCAUUUUUCGGUCUUGUGAUGGCUCUAAUUGGCUCUCUCCUUAGCAUACUUGUGGCAGUGGUAAUGCCAGCUUUAUGUUUUUUAAAAAUUGCGUGGAAGAAGGCAACAAAAAUGCAGAUUGUUUUGAGUAUUGGUGUUGCUGCAGUGGGUGUCAUCAGUGCAGUCAUGGGAACAUAUUCUUCAGUUUCACAAAUAGCAAAAAAUUACUGAGCUGCAGGAGCUGUUCUGACAGUAAUUUCCUGUCAAUGAUCCCCUCAUGCAAACUACUGUUGCUUAACUUGCUUGGCCUUUGCUCCCCUUUCAGGAGAGAAGAAAUGGAAGCAUUUGUUGAAAGGUAUUUGCAUUUCUCAUUGCGAUUCUAUACUGAAGUUUAAAUGGUUUUCUAUGAACAAGUGGAAGCGCGGAACCUUCUCAAGCCAAUAAAGGAGCUUUUCUCUUCAAUAUCAUUCAAUAUUCAUCCAUCAAAAUUUUUACGAGGCAAUGCAGUCAAUAGAUUGAACUCCCGUUUUAACAUAUAAAUAAUAAUGUUCAACAGUGUAAAGUUGCAAAUCAAAUCUCAGUAUUUGAUCCUUCCAUUCAUAGGCUUUGUGUUUUGGUUUUUGUAGUCAAGACUGGAAGUAAGAUCUAGACUGCAUGGUUGAAACCCAUCAGUUUUAUUUACUAUUAGGUCAAUAAGAUCCUGUUUUAAAUGCUAAUGUACACCUUGAAUAGU